AAAACUUCCAAGGGCCUCCUUUCUCAUAUGGGACAGGCAAAAGGGUGCCGAUGGUAUCAUAAGGGAAAGCUAAGGGAUCUUGGGAAUCUGGGUACAUUUAAACAUGCUGUGAUCCUGGACGCUCUGGUUGAGGAGGGGGAGGACAUGAACGUGGAUGAAGGGGAUAGAGGGGUUGAUGAGUGGGAUCCUGAAGAUGCUCAGGAAGCAUGGAACCAAGAGUUAUUUGACCUCAUACCUAUGCGGCCUCCCACAGAUGAUGCUCCAGCAAGAUCAGAAUUGCCAGAGGUGGAAGAGCCCAUUCAAGGUUCAUCAAGGAGGGUUCUAAAUGUUGAUGAAGAUUGCCAAGUGGUGGUAGAGCACCCAACUGCAGGCGCUAUUAUGAGGGAGGGCGAAACCGUUGUUGAGAGCUGGCAUAGGCACAUCCUUGGGGACCGACUUCAAUUUGAUGGUGACGGUGAUGUUGAUAUGGAUGGCGUUGCUUCCCGAAAAUACUCACCCUUUGCUUCUGAGGUUGAGUGGAGGGUAGCCCAGUGGGCAACCAAAGAAGGUGUUGGACAUAAAUCUCUUGACCGCCUGCUGUCAAUUACAGGGGUUGUUCAGAACCUUGGCUUAUCAUUUCACAACUCACGCGCUAUGCAUCAAAUCAUCAAUACUAUUCCAUCACAUUCGCUUUGGCACACCACCUACCUGUCCUUUCCAGAUGAUCCAGAGGAACAACACAUGGUCCAGUAUAGGGACCCACUAGAAGCCAUACGCACUUUACUGGGAAAUCCUGCUCAUGCAGAGACCAUUGUCUACAAGCCUUGCAAGGUUUUCUCUGAUAAAAGCAAGGAAAAUAGGAUCUAUAGUGAGAUGUGGACGGGAAAGUGGUGGCAUGCGCUCCAGGUAAGCUGA